ACACAAUCUCCGCGUGCAGAUUUCACAGCACUCGCAAGCAUGGCACUGCAGCGGCAGGACAGCCACGAUGCCGAUGCCACGCAAAGAAUAGCGCAGCGGGCCCUGCCUGCUCAUCAGGCGUACCUGCAGGAUCACUUGCAGCGGAUGCACAACGAAAUUGAGUCGACAACUAGAAAGCUCGAACUUGAGAAGAGGCGCCUCAACAAGCUGGAUGAGGAUGCCACCAGGAUGCGCGCAGAGUGUCAAGAGAAGACUCUCAAGGUGCAAAAAGAGGGCCAGGGCAUUCAAGUGAAGAAGCUUGAGCAUCAGAUGGCCCAAAGCACCAGCAAGCUCAAUUUUCUCAACCAUGAAAAUGCAGACUGCCGCAGCCGGAUAGAUGCUGUUCGACGAGAGCGCCUGCAGCUGAUCCAGGUGUUCAAGAAGCUCCAGCAAGACAUCAAGGACAACAUGAGUACUGUGUCUCAGAUCCACCGGGAGAGUGAUGCUGCGCGAAGAGAGCAGGAGGAGCGCCAGCAUAAAAUGGCAGCGCUGAAAAAGCAGGUGGAGGAAGAGCGGAAGGCUUUCAAGCGAAAAGUGCAAGAGUUGCAAGUGAAGUACAAGGAACGAGAGCGGGAAGAGCUCACACAGCGCGUCCAGAUGGUGAAGGAGUCGGACAAGAAUGACCUUGAUGGAAAGGGCAGCAAGACUCGCAGCCUCAAGGCCGACGAGGAAGAGCACUUCAACUCAACGUUGGUGAUGCGGCGGAUCCUAAAGCUGGCCUUCCUCAACGCCAUCCAGCGGAGGCACAUUCGGCAGCAUCAGAAAAACAUCGAGGUCUUUGAGCAGGCUUUCGCCACCAUCAAGUCAACAACUGGCAUUUCCGACAUUGAAGAGAUUGUGAAGAUCUUUGUUGCCUUGGAGCAACGCAACUUCAGCUUGCUGACGUAUGUCAAUGCGUUGAACAGAGAAAUUGAGACCUUAGACAAGCAGAACCGUCAGCUGAAGGAGCAGUUGGCAAACCAGCAAGAGAUCGAAGCGGAGAGUGAGAAGAAGCGGAUCGCUGCCCUUACUGACCUGAAAGCGCAGAUUGAAAGUACUGGAGCGUCCACCGAAGACAACAAGCUCCAGGCAUCUCAGCAAUGUGAGAUCAUUGACCGCUGCAGGCCAGUGAUCCAUUCAAUCCUCAAGACGGUUGAGCGAGAGAACCGUGGCUUUGGUGGCCAACCUGCUCCAGAAUUUGGCAGCACCGGGGAAAACUUGUUUGGAUGGCUGACAUAUAUCGAAAAGACCUUGACGCAGUGGAAAGACUUCCUUCCAGACGCAAAGGAUGCUCGCCACUUCAAGACCCCUAGCAAGAAUUACAAGUACACAGUGGGAAAUCAGGUUUUGGCGCUUCAGCCCAAGAAGCCCAACACUCAGCCGGUCUCCUUGGUGAAGCCCAGCGAGCUGCCCUCUGCGGCCAAUGCCUUCCUGGAGCAGGGCCCGAACCAGCGAGCUGCGUUGGCUGGCCGCGAGGAAGACUCCAGUGAUGAUGAAGAAGAUCUGAUGACCCAUCCGUGGUCGAGGCAAGAACUGCGCGACAAGGCAAACGCCUCUGUGGCGAAGCGGCGGCGCCACCGGCGAACAGAUGGAACAACAGCGCAAGGCCAGCAAAGUGGACAAGGUGCUGAGCAGGCUCGCCCGGAAGAUGCUGCGCCUACUUCAGCAACUGGCACUGGUGAGGCAGCUCCUGGCGAGCUCAACUAUGAGGAGAUUGUGGAGAAGACAAAGGAUCCCGACGAAGAGUCAGCUGGAUCAGAUGAUUCGGAACUGGAUGACGAUAUCGGCCCCACAGACGAAGAGAUCAACGAGAUUUUCUUGAAGCGUUACAAGAUGUCGAAGGAGGAGCUGCAAGGAAUGGCUGACAAAAUGGGCAUCCAGCUGAACAAUUUGUGCUACCUGAAGCAGGAAUUUGAUGCUUACGACGAAGAUCGCAGUGGUUACAUUGAUGUCAAGGAGCUCAAGGGUCUUCUGGAGAAGCUCGGGGAGGAGCUCAGCGAGGAAGAGUUGGACCAGGCCUUCCGCGAGCUAGAUAGUGAUGGAAGCGGCGAGAUCGAGUUUUUUGAGUUUGUGGAGUGGUUUACGUCUGAAGACUAGCGAUCCGGCCGUACUGUACACGAGUUUCACACACAAGGUUGCAGCUAUGAAUGUGUCAUGUGGCA